ACAAACACACUGCUAUCGUGAAAAGAAUGGAAUGAAAUUCAUUGCAGUAGAAAUUACCAAAGCCUGGAUGAUGCUAGGUUUGGUGCUAUUUUCCUUGAUGGCUAGAAACACAUUUGCUCAGGAAAUUGCCAACAGCUCUACAAAGGUUUGUUUUCCUGGUAACACCAAUAAUAACAACCUGAGAUUGAAUGGCCUAAGUGGAAGUUUUCGAAGUCCUGAGGGCCAGCUCCUGAAUUCAAGUUGUGACUGGCUUAUAACUGUUCCAGAGGGCAAAAUUAUAAAACUGGUAUUUACUGGAUUGGACCUUGAAUCUGAUCGUCAUCCGUGGGGAUGCCCAAGGGAUUUUGUGGAGGUUUAUGAUGGGAAUAGCAGUUUUAGUGUGAGGAGAGGCAGAUUCUGUGGCUCUGUAACGCCAAUGAAUAUUUACUCAACUGGCCGGUACAUCGUGGUGCGACUCAGAACAGACAAUGAAACGUCAUGGCACCUUGGAUUUACAGCCACGUUCACAGCUGAGGAAACUUACGUUUGUCCGUAUCAUGCCAAGGUACUCUAUGUCUCCGAAUCUUCCGUCAGAACACUCACGAGUCCAAAUUACCCUUCGCCGUACGACAGCAAUGAAGAUUGUAAGUGGAUACUUGAAGCACCUAAUGAACUCAUAGUUAAGGUAACAUUUCAGGCCUUCGAACUGGCAGGAGACAUGUACGUUUACAGUUCCUGCCGGGAUAAACUUAUAUUUUACGACGGAAAUGACACCACUUCGAGCAUCCUUGGACCCGCGUACUGUGGCGCGACUCCGCCUGAUUUAAUUUAUUCUACUGGACGACACUUAUUUGUCGAGUUCAGCACAGAUCGUUACACAAAUCGCAAGGGGUUUAAAUUAAGUUUUUCAGCUGUUAAUAAAGAGGAAUCAGCUACAAUUUGUCGCUCAUCAAGUGAUAAAGUCAUUCACCUCAGGGGGUUCAAUGGUACCUUCUUUACCCCUAGUUAUCCAGCUUUUUACGCAACAAACUGGACAUGCAUUUGGCUUAUUUCUGUUCCAGCUGGCAAACGAGUGAAGCUUACCUUUGAACAUUUUAGCUUAAAAUCUGAUGAUGCCUUCCAGAUACGCGAUGGUAAAUCACCUCGAAGCCCUGAGCUACGACGUUUUGACGUAAAUUAUCGUUAUGAUGUUUAUUCCACUGGAAGUUACAUGUGGGUGAAGUUUCAUUCUGGUUUUGGCAGUUGGUUUUAUAAACCGAGAGGUUUCAAAGCACGGUUCGAGGCUUUAGAUCCUCCUGGAAAUCCCGAGGAAUUUUGUUAUCCUGGAAACGUUUACAACAACAAUUUAAAACUAAGUGGUUUUUAUGGAACCCUUCAAAGCCCGGCCGAACGUUACUAUCCGCAUUUAAGUUGUACAUGGCUUAUCGUUGUGCCUGAAGGAAACAUAAUCGAGUUAAGCUUUCAGACGUUUCGUAUACCGAAGGGUCCCUCCUCAAAAUGUACACCAGAUUAUGUGGAAGCUCUUGACGGGAAGGACAGCUCUAGCGAUAGUAAAGGAAGAUUGUGUGGGUACGAUAUACCAGAACGAAUUCGCUCGACUGGUCGAUACAUGAUGGUUCGUUUCAGAUCGGGUGAAAUCAUGACGAUAACCGGUGGAUUUAGUGCUGCAUUCAGAGCUCGGGAUGAACCAGUUGAACCUGUUGCAUCUUCUCGUUCCAAAGAAGUUUGUUUGCUGGGGAAUCCCGAUAAUGGAAACCUGAAGUUAACUGGCACAGAGGGGACAUUACAAACUCCCCUGAAGUAUUACCCCACGGAUUUAGUCUGUGUUUGGCUCAUCACCGUACCGGAGGGAAAGAGAGUAGAACUCAGCUUUGAAAAAUUUGAUAUAAGUCCAAUUGGGUGCUCUGAUUUUGUGCAGAUCUUUGAUGGAGAGACUAACAAGAGCCGCACUUUAGAAGAAUACUGCGGAGAUUCUGUCAUACGCGAAGUUCAGUCAACUGGUCGGCAUAUGUUGGUCAGAUUCAACUCCGACUCUGAGCCUGAUGUAUUACGUACUGGAUUCAAGGCUUCUUUUAAAGCUAUAAGUAGUAAGUUGUUUAAAAAAAUUCUGAUCUCUUCUUUCAUUUUUAUGCUAUUCUCAUCCACUUAUUCAGGUCUGAUUUUUGCGGCCUGGAUUGGAUUUUCAAGUGCUGAAAAUUACGCUGCUAGAAACAAAACGAAGUGUUUCCCAGGUAACAUCAACAACAACAAUCUACAGCUAGAGGGCUCGUCAGGAACGUUUGAGAGUCCCUUUUACCCAUCGAAGUAUCCCAAAAGUAUUAAUUGUACUUGGGUCAUAACUGUGCCGUAUGGAAAGCUGGUUAAACUUAGUUUCAGUGCCUUCGACGUGGAAUGGUCUUCGAGCUGUGAUGAAGAUUAUGUUCAAAUUUACGAUGGCUGGUCUUCCGCCAGUGAAGUGAAAACGAAAUUAUGUGGAGCAUCACUUCCAAGCGACGUUUCUUCCACUAGCCGCUACUUGAGGGUUCAGUUUCGAUCUGACGAAGAUAAUCAUGGCAAUUGCAGUGGUUUUAAAGCUCAGUUCGAACAGGUUCACAAAGCAAAUGUUCUAACCAUCCUUUUCAUUGGGGGAGUUUCGCUGUUUCUGUUACUGAUAUGUAUGGCUUGCAGCAUCAUAAGACGUCGGAGAAGUCCAACCCCAAGGCGGCAAUUUCUUCAUGCUCUAAGAUGUAGAAUAAGACACAACUCGAGCCGCCAAUUUCUUCGUGCAUCAACACCUCAGCCAGCUGCAAACCUACACCGAUACCCACCUUCCACAAUGGGCUAUCGUACCCCAUCUUAUACGUUCCCGAUGGAGCCUCCUCCUCCCUACACAUAUCCGACAGAGCCUCCGCCACCUUAUCCGGGAGAGGAUACUUAUUUACCGCAUCCACCCUUGGGACGCUCGUAGUCGUAUCCUCAGGAAAGGCAUGGACAUUUGUCGCUAUCCUCAUGCAGGAUGAUAUAACGAUUUUUUGGAAGGAGGAUACAGAAAACGAUCAUCAUGAUUCCGGAUUCAUUAAGACACCGAGCAUGAUUAGGGUGCUGGUCUUAUAAAAUCUGGUGGUCCCAGCUUCAAGCCGUCUUCUCUGCUUCUCACUGGAUUUGUUUUCAGUUCCUCUGAGUUCAACUCCUUGACUGCUCUUUCUAUGAAGCCUACUAGCCAGCUGGGGUUCCUAAAAACAUUGUGUUUAUCUCAAAUUCUUUUUCUGUUUCCAGUUUGUUUAAAUUACGUAUUUCUCAAUUUGUUAGGGUCUCGAGACUUGUGAAAGAAUUGUACAGUUGUUAUUUCUAUUUUUUGUCAUUUCUUGAGGGGUAUGUUUGAAUGUUUGUUCAUUUACGCAGCUAUUUAACUUGUGUCGCUGUUUUGCCAUAAAGAGUGUAAAUAGAACUUAAAACGUAUAUUUUGAGCUCAUUUGCUCAUUUCCUUUUGUAACGAACGAAGGGAAAACAUCGUGGUCCCACACGAGGAAUAUUACUUCAUACGUUCGGAUUCUGAAGUCCAAUGUUCUACGUUAAAAAAAAUAACUUGAUAAUUGUUUCACGCCAUUAUAUGUAUAUUCAAGCAUA